AUGUUUUGCACCAUUUUGAUAGAUGUUGCCACUAAGUUUAGGGUUCUCGUCGUGGUCUUUUUCACCUCAGGCACUGCUUUUCUUGAGUUCAUGCUUCGUAUUCACUCGUUCAAGGAGCAAGAGAAUGUUGAUAUGACGGCACUUAACUUCAAGGACUGGGGCUUCGAGUUUACUAUCAUGAGGUUUGAAAACCAUGUUCUUGCCUAUGUUUUCCCCGGUGUUAUGUCGAGAAAUGAAGGGGCGCCAUUUUUCUUGAACCAUACAAACGGUGUCUUCAAGCUACACCUCUCAAGACUUCUAGAUUCAAGCACUUCAUUAAAUUUUAUCCCACAAGCAAAGUGCGUGAUAGUUGAUGCAUUCAAGGAGCUUGAGCACUAUCCUAUACAAUCUUUCUUCAACAUUGAUCUCACUGUUUAUCCCAUGGGACCCAUCUCAAGUUCAAGGGACAACAAGACGGUAUUAGAAUUAGAUGUCAUGGAGUGGUUAGAUGACCAGCCUCCUUCAUCAGUUCUAUUCUUGUGCUUCAGAAGUGUGGGGUAUUCCAAGGAGGAGAAUCAAGUGAUGGAAAUCGCACGCACUCUUGAAGCAAGUGGCAUCCACUUCAUAUGUGGAGAGUAUGGGGUGCUCAUCACCAAGUGGCCGCUUUAUAUAUGCGGAGCAAUAGUCAAACGCAUUUCAAAUGGCACGAGUGCUGAGAAUAAUUAUAGAGAUGUUAUUGGAUUACAGGAACGGAUUCGGCAAUGA